UUAGUUGCGUUCAGUCGCGUGUGCGAAACGCUUCGAGUCGGCGGUCGGUAGUCUGUUGUCGGCGGUUCGUGGCUAUAUAGCGGGUCUAUCAUGUGAUUCAAAUCGGUCCGGCAGCUGAGAAGACAACAUCUGUAUUCGCGCACGUAUCGGCAUUGCUAUAUCGCUAUAGCUGUUGACUCACCGCGACCGCUAAACAGUGGGUUCAACUGUUUUCGGGGGCGGUACGAUGGCGAAGGCGAUGGCUCCUCUACGCGCGCUCCUAUCGCUUUUUCUGCUCGUCACGCUGGCCAGCUCAGCUCGGGCCAUUACCUGCUACGAAUGCGAUUCCGUCAAUAAUCCAGGGUGCGGGGAGCAGUUUGUGGGCGAUGACAUAUCCACGACGGACUGCGAAGUUGUGGCAAGCAUACGAGCCCCAGGUGCCCCAACUACCUGCCUCACCAAGUACCAUGAGGGCAUGCCUGGAGAAACGCGAUUUGUGCGACGAGCAUGUUACUUUGGCGACGCCUCGCCAAUAAGCAUUAACUGCGAUGAUGGUCCGGAUCCGGUGGUGCCCUAUAUGAACUUCCUGGGAUGCGCCCUCUGCGACACGGAUCUGUGUAACGCAGCUCCACGAAAAAUCACACUAUCCUUGGUUGGAGUCCUUUCUGCCCUUGGUUUGCUUAUCCUGUUUACCAAUUAGGAAAAAAUGGAGAGGCGACCAUUUUUCAAUUUAUCAUAUUACCCAAAAUAUACUCGAGUAUUGUAUGUUAAAUUGAUGUGUACAACUAACUGGAUUAUUAAUACUCGUAGAAAAGUUCGUGGCCUUAACAGUUUAUUACAAGUUCCUAAGAAUAAAAACCUUGCUAACAAAAAAGAACUUAAAAAGUCAAAAAAAAUUUAAAUGUCUAUCACUCGCAUGGCUAAAAACCAACAAAGCUGUAUUUUUUUUUUCAAUUUUCAUUUUAUUUGAUUUUGUUUCCGUUGUUUUUAUACAUCCACUAAAAUGAUUUAACAUACAUAUAUCUUUAUAUAAUAUAAUUAUUCUUGUUUGAUUUAAUAUAAUUUAUUGAAUAAAAUUUACUCGUCUCCUACUUUAUAUCCGCGCGUGUGUAUGUAAGUAUGUGUAACUAGGAUUUAUAAAUUACAAAAUAUGCAUAAAUUAAAUAAAAUAACAUUUCAAAAUCGAUA